AUGGGAAACUUGUGCAAUAAAUGCAAAGAAAUCAAACGUAAAAGUAAUCUUCCAAUUGUGAUAUUGGGCAUGGAGAACGCUGGCAAAACGGAAAUUGCGCAUAAACUUUGUAAAAUUAAGCGAAGCGACUAUCUUCCAACGUCGGGCUGUAAAGUUUACGACGAAAUUCACGUGAAAAAGUUGGAUGUCUCGUUAACGGAACUCGGAGGCGGUCCAAAUAUUCGAGGAAUUUGGAAAUAUUACCUUUUAGAGGCGUACGGCGUCAUUUAUGUCAUCGACUCGAGCGACAUUUCAAAGUUGGAAGAGUCUCGCACGAUUCUCGGCGAACUUUUAUCCAACCCGCAUCUCGAAGGAAAGCCAUUUCUCAUCUUAGGGAACAAACAAGAUCUGCCAGCUGCCUUGGAUUAUCUCGACAUUUUCUACUAUUUCGGCUUGGAACAAAUGGCAAACUCCUCGCAGAGCCCUUGCAUGCUCGAAGUAACGGGAAAUUUCGCAAACGGGCAUUCCGAGUUGGAUACCGCGAUGGAAUGGCUCGCCAGUGCGAUCGAACAUCGACUCAAGGCGAUCCGAAAUAUGAUCAAGUUCUUCCAACAACUCGAAGAUGUGAAGAAUGAAAUUGCGAAUAUGCGACCUGUAACGAGCACAAUCGCGAAAAUUCAUCGAAAAAGCUUGAAAAAAUUAAAAUUGAGACCAAAUACGGCACCGAAUGUCAAAUUUAAACCGCAAAUCAUGCGAGAAAUGCCGUUACUCUUGAACUUGAAGACGCAAGAAGCAAUCACAACCCCUCCCAAUGUCGUUCCCAUCGAAGAAAAAGAAGAAAAUCCUAUCCCCUUGCCCAUUAAAUCACCCAUCAAAACGCCAGAAAAACCUCAAUCUCCCCAAAUGACGGAAACGACGGAAAUCGAUAAAGUUAAGGAACGAGAUUCAGAAAAUAAUAAUUUUGUUAAAAUUCCGCAAAUUGAAUAUUUUUCGGAUAAUUUGGAUGAGCAAGAUGACGACUUGAAAUUGUCUUCCAUGAAUGUGACAGAGGUUCAGGUUCAAGUGCAUCGCGUCGAUGAAAAGUCUCCGUAUCGCAACAACAAUAACGAGUUACCAGUUUUGAAUAAUGUUCAUCAAAAAGUUUUUCCUUCCGUGCCAAAUGGAAAUCUACUUCAAAUAAAUAACGAGAAAAAUCGUAAGUUUUAA